AUGGUUAAUUCCAACCGAUGUAAAUCGUCCGGCAGCAUUAAGGAGUUUAUACGCUUCUAAUCAGAUUGAUCUUACAGUACCACAGCAACUCGAACGGAAAGCAAAAAGAAAAAAAACUAAACUAAACAAAAAAAACCAACCCGCCGAGUGGCUACUGGCUUUCAUAACUCCCUGCUCUGAAAGACAUUCUUUGGGGGUAAUUAUUAAACAAAAUCCCUCAGACAAUGCAGGACAAGCUACAAGCCAGGAGGGGAGAAGCUGAUUUUCAUUAACACCUCGGGGAAGUAAGUAGCCGAACGAAGCAGCAUUAACUGGUUUGGUGUGGCGAGAACCCGUUCCGCUUCAGCUAAGUCCUCCAGGGCCUCGGGAAGCACACAACUCUCUGGAAGCCAGCUGUCUCCUUCAGAAAGGUCAUUUGGGCUUUGGCAGGAGACGGGCGUUUUCUUCCGGGCGAGGGCCGAAUGGAGAGAGAUGUAGGCUGGGGUCGUGGAGAAUAAUUCAGCCAGGUCAUCUUCCGGAGCCUUUUCUUCUUGGACCAUGAAGCCCGGAACGGCCUGGAGAGCCCUGGAAUUCAUCUGCCGGUUUCUGGGACUGUCCACGGCUGCAGUGUUGAUCGGCGUGGGAAUUGAAACCUUCCUACAGGGGCAGUUCAAAAGCCUGGCGUUUUACUUGUUGUUUUCAGGGGUGGCAGUUUUCGUAUGUGAAGGCUCCUAUUUUGUGGCUCUGCUGCUUUCGACGUGCUUCACGUGCCCACCAGAGUCUCUGGCCUACGCAAUACGGGAAAAAGCCUGCAAAGCGGGGAGUUUCCAGAAAUUCCUGGGCUACCUGCUGCUGUCCGUGGCCUGCUUCCUCCACCCGGUGAUCGUCUGGCAUGUGACCAUCCCAGGUUCCCUGCUCAUCCUCACUGGCCUGGCCUAUUUUCUCCUGAGCAAACGGAAGAAGAGCAAAAGCGGCCAGGAGUUGUUUCUGGCACCGGAGCGAUACACAGACCCCUCGGGCAGCGCGGUGAACACCACCCGCGGCGGAGACACGGAGCAGAUCUACACUUUCCACGGCCCCUUCAAGGAAGGCCGGACCUCGCUCCUCGUCCACAUGAAGAGCAUCCUGAAAGGCGGCGGGGAUCAACCCCCCAGGGCCCCGGACGCCAAGAUGGAGCUGGCCCUGCAGCCGACCGAGGCCCCGGCUGGAAGGAAGCAGGUGCAUUUUGAGGAGAAGGUGGUUAAAAUCAUCCCCCCCGUGAUGGACAGCCCGGAAGACCAGGACAGCGAGCCCGAGGAAACUACAUCCGACACAACGCCCAUCAUCGCUCCCCCGGAGAGCCCUCUCUUCAUGUCUUCUCUUGCCACCACCAGUCUGUUCUGAGCCUCCGCCGUCUCCUCACCUGAUCUUCAUCUCCUUGAACCCCGGGGAUUCUGGAAAGGAGGAUUAUGAGAAGCAGCGUGGCUUCGUGGAAAGAGCCCGGGCUUGGGAGUCAGCGGUCGUGGGUUCUAA